AGCAAAGCUUAGAAGCAAAGUUUAACAAAGCCAACAACAACAAUUCAAGCAAGUAUUAUAGUAUAACUACAUACAUAUUGUUUUACCUACGUUCAUUUCUGCAUAAUUAUGGAUGAGUCUAUAGAAUCAUUAGCCCAGUCAGUUAGCCUGAACUUUGAGCAGGCAUCUCAGCCCAUGACGACGUUGGCUACCCCUCCUGUGGAAGGGCAGGGUCCCAUGGGCACCGGACCUGGUGGAAAGCAUGAAGAGUUUUCUGUGGAAAAAAUACUGGACCGCAGAGUGAAGAAUGGAAAAGUGGAAUAUUUGUUGAAGUGGAAAGGUUAUGCUGACGACGACAACACGUGGGAGCCGGAGGACAACCUGGACUGUCCGGAAUUGAUAUCAGCAUAUGAAGAUGCCCGUGCUAAGAGGGAGAGUGAGGAGGCCAAUGCAGCGGCAGCGGCGGCCGCGUCUGCUGCCGCUGCCGCAUCCGCUGCUGCAGCGUUAGCACCACUAACUGCUCCGGCGCAACCCGCAGAGGAGACAUACACCACUCGCAAAAGAGGCAGGAGUAAGAAGUCCAAGAAAGUUGAGGAAAUAGAAAAACCCCGAGGGCUUGACAGAGGACUGCUGCCGGAAAAGAUAUUUGCUGCUCAGCUCAUGAAUGGCACCCUUUAUUUCUUAGUAAAAUGGUAUGGAUGUUUGGAAUUGGAUGUGGUUGAAGGUCAUCAGUUUGGCCUGGCGUACCCUGACUUCACUAUCAAAUACUACGAGAGCUGUGUGCCUUUCAGUGUGAGGCAUAAAAUCGGGAGAGUGCCUAGAAUGGCGCUGGAGCUGCCACCCUUAGAAGAGCCACCACUACAGCCGGAAACCCUUGAAACUCCAAUGGAGGUGUCACAACCAAUGGAUGACAGUGUGCCCAUACCGCCUUCAGAGCCGCAAGUUCCAGUGGACGAACCUCUACACACGUUGCCGUCUCUGACAGAGCCAAUGGAACCCAUAGAAACCAUGGAGACCAUGGAGACCCAACCGAUGGUACCCGUCUGACCUUCAUUUAACAACGCUAGUAAUACCGAUUACUAAUAUUAUUGCAUUUUGAAUUAAAUAUGUAACAUAAAUCCUGCCCGAUCCGUAAAAUUCAUAAUACCUGAGUGGUAUAAAAAGAUGCAACAAAUUAAAAUUAAUUAAUAAAAAUAAAAUUUAGGGAAUUCAAAGAAAGCGUCAACACCGUCUCGGCAACGCUAUUUCAGUAUGCGAAAGUGUUGCCAUGUCAUUUACUGUAUAAAUGUUAUUUAAAAGUGGUAGUUUUACUUUGGCGAAAUACUGAUAAAUUCCACAAGAUUCUCAAAUUGUCAUUCGCGGAUUGGACAGAGCUUUCCUUGCAUACUAUACAUAUGUAUAUUUAUUUUAUAAGAAACUUGUGAAAAUGACGGGAAUUUUUUAAAAUGCAGAGUUGAUACAUGUUUUUGUGUGAAAUUAAUAUAUUACAUUAAGACAAAUCAUGCAGAUUUAAGAUUCUGGAAGAUACUGAUUCCUUUUUUAAUAGAAUGAUACUAGGUUUAGGUAUAUAUUUUGAAAUGAAUACAUUUGAUGUUUAUAAGUCCAUAUUAUAAGAAAUCUGAAUUCAUUAUUCAUGUUAAUCUUGAAGCGAAGAGAAAAUAUAGGGAAAGAUUAAAAAAAUCGGUAUUAUUUUUUCAAGGCGAUGGGCUAGCAACCUGUCACUGAACCAUAGAGAUACAUACGUGGUCUUUCAGUCUUUUCGAAACUGUUGGCACUGUUUACACUGUUAAAGGAUAAAGACGUGAUUUGCAAUAAAUAGAAAAAACCACAUAGAUUGAGCUUGCCCUGUAUGCCUAAACGACCUAUGUAUGCAUGCCUAAUAUUUAAAGGCAAACAUGAUGAUUAUAUAUUUUUCAUAUACGUAACUAGUACCUAACAAAUUGGUUCGGUCUUCGCUAAUUAAGAUAAUUUCAGAUAAUAAUAGAGAAACUUAUUGUAAAGAGUGAACUUUCACAGAAUUUUUUUUAUGUCGUGUAUAUGAUGUGAUCUUGUAUGGAUUUAAAAGUUUUGAAACAAUAAAAUGACUAGGAGAAAUGAAAGCCUGUUUAAUUAUUAGCGUUUAUUAGGAAUGAGUACUCUUACAUUAAUCCCUGUAUAAAAUAAGUAUAAAAGUAAACAAUACUGGCUUAUCUAAAGCUUUGGCAUGUCAUUUGUAUAUUCGUUGAAUUACAAAAUCUAUAUUGGCACCACAGAAUUUUAGUAAUACGUGUGAUUUCCUAUAAGAAGAAUCUUUAGCUUCUUUAACUUAAGGUUGAAACUAACUUGGUAAAAAGUGUUAGAAUCAUACCUAAGAAUUAUAAAAGU